AUGAUCAGAAUCUGCCUUCUUUGGGGACUUCUCUCUCAAGUGUACCUGAUUCAGACUGAAGAUGCUCCUCAAACAAUACCAGUGACUACUCGUCUAUUUGGAGACACAUCUUUGCCAUGUCCUAAAGCAGAAUCUGAACAAUUCCUGUACUGGUACAGACAGACUGUUGGCCAACUGCCCCAUCUUGUCGCAUCUGUGUCCUAUGCAUCAGAACCUGUACUUAAUGGAGAGUUUAAGAACCCACGUUUCAAAGUGGAGACAUCUGAUUAUGUGUAUAAUCUCAUUAUCAGAAAUAUCAGCACAUUAGAUGAGGCAACAUACUUUUGUGGAAUUGGGACAAUGUAUGGGAUGAACUAUGGAAAUGCAACAUUUUUGGCUGUGAAGGGACACAAUCACCCUACAUUGGUGCAGCAACUAGUUUCUGAUCCAGUCCAUCCAGGAGACUCUGUGAUUCUACAGUGUACAGUACUCUCUGAGACCUGUACAGGAGAACACAGUGUGUACUGGUUCAGAGCCAGAUCAGGAGAAUCCCAUCCAGGAGUCAUUUACACCUCUGGGAACAGGAGUGAUGACUGUGAGAAGAGCCCUGAGACUCCCUCUCCUACACAGACCUGUGUCUACAGCCUCUACAAGAACAACCUCAGUCUCUCUGAUGCUGGUACUUACUACUGUGCUGUGGCCACAUGUGGGGAGAUCCUGUUUGGGAACGGAACAAACCUAAAUAUUGGUAAGUAA